CGCGGCCCUGCCUGCUUCGCUUGGGCGGCCGGGCUGCCCUGCGCUCCUGCCGCGCACCGAUGUCGGAGGAGACCGCCGGGCCGGGCGGCUCCGGCUCGGGGCUGUGCUGGGCCUCGCUGGUCUCCUGCCUCGGCCUGGCCUGCUCCUACGUGGGCAGCCUCUACGUCUGGAAGAGCCACCUGCCCAGGGACCACCCCGCCGUCAUCAAACGCCGCUUCACCAGCGUCCUCAUCGUCUCCAGCCUCUCGCCGUUCUUCAUCUGGGCCUGGAAAGAGGUGACCGGCGUUAAGCCAGGUACAUCCCUUCUCGCUCUGAUGGGCUUCCGGCUCGAAGGCAUCAUACCGGCAACUCUACUACCUUUGCUGCUAACCAUGGUCUUAUUUCUUGGCCCCCUUAUCCAGCAGUCAAUGGAUUGGCCCUGGGACCUAAUGGAUGGUUUAAAGGUUGUCUUUGACCCGCGAUUCUGGUUUCUCUGCCUGACUGACAUGCGCUGGCUUCGGAACCAAGUCAUCGCGCCGUUCACGGAGGAGCUGGUGUUCCGGGCUUGCAUGCUGCCCAUGCUUGUCCCCUGCACGGGAUUGGGGCCUGCCAUCUUCACCUGCCCCCUCUUCUUCGGAGUCGCUCAUUUUCACCACGUCAUUGAGCAGCUACGUUUUCGCCAGGGAAGCACGGCUAGUAUAUUCCUCUCUGCAGUGUUCCAGUUCUCAUACACAGCUGUUUUUGGAGCUUACACAGCCUUCAUCUUCAUCAGGACAGGGCACCUCAUUGGCCCUGUCCUCUGCCAUUCAUUCUGCAACUACGUUGGAUUCCCGGCCGUGGGGGCAGCAUUGGAGCACCCCCAUCGGUCCCUGGUGGUGUUCUUCUACCUGCUGGGCGUGGCGCUUUUCCUCCUCCUCCUGCACCCUAUGACGGACCCGGCCUUCUUCGGACCCCUGCCCAUCUGCUCCCUGUCCAGGCUGACCUCUCCCACGAACAGCAUCAGCAGCGUCUCUCUGUGCUCCUGACGCCCGGCUGGGACCUUUUUCUUCCAACGCACCCGCAUGGCGUCCGCGGCGGCACGUGGGGCUACACAACCCGCUUUGUCCGGUUUCGAGGCGGUUUUCACAUCCGAGCCCCUGUAUUCUGUGACCGUUGCACCCUCCCCGGACCCUGGAUUCUGUGACUGUCGUUGUGUGAGGGUGCUGAGGACGGCCAGAGCUCCCUCCCGCAGCCCCAGUUCUCUCGGGUCUUGGAGAAGCCGUCACCUACCCAUUUGCAGUGGACGUGUAGCCUUUGCCUGCAUUCUUGCACACCUCUGCCCUGAGCCAGCACCCCACCUACCCCCCCACUUUUCUAGACCCCAGGGGAUCCCCUUUUCCUCCAAAGAGCUCUAUUUUUUAUUAUUAAAAUA